CUGCAUAGUACAUCGUCAUUGUCGCCGUCUCCUAGGCACGCUGUUGCGCUUCUUACACAACUUCUAGCAUUGUCUACCACCUCGUCGGUCCCCACGUCCUGUCCUCAGGCAUCCAGACACACCUCAGAGCAUGUACUCGCUGCUGCUCCUCACAGUAGUUAUUACUGUCCUCCUUCAGCCGGCGGCAGCAUCAAGCCCACUUGUGGACUUCAGCAUGUCUGACACUCCUAUCGACGGGUCCUACGGCGACAUUGACGACAUGCUGUGCGAGCUCUGCUGCCUGCCUUUCUUCCAAUGCAUUCACGCCAUACCACAAGCCCAGUAUGUCGCCGCAAGAACGUUCUACAGUGACCCCGAUCUCUUCAACAUGCCGUCGCUCGACUUCGAACAGACGCCAGCAGACCUGGCACCGGUAUACGAAUACGUCAACGCAGGUCAUGGGCAGCCCUUGAUCAACGACUACAUGCGAAUCAUGGACGGGAACGAGACGACGGUGCAGCCAGCUACCGUACAAGCGCAUGUGGAAGACAUCUAUACGCCCGGCGAUCGGUUAUCUGCACGACGCAGCCGCAACCGCAAGCCAGUACAAAAGCGGCAGGCGCCUCGACCCGGUGGGUUUCCUUGCAGCACGGAAGGAUGCGACAGGGCGUUUGACCGUCAAUGUGACCUAAACCGCCACCAAAAGACCCAUUCGACAGAGUCACCUCAUGUAUGCUCAACCUGCAACAUGGGUUUCUUGUACCCUAAGGACCUCCGGAGACACCUUCCGACACAUAACGAUCCUUCAUUGGUGGUUGCCAUCAAGCAUUAUUGUCCUUACCCUGGCUGCGACAACCUCGACGGCUUCUCACGUAAGGACAAUCUUUUGAGGCAUCAGCGCAAACACCUCAAAAGGUAGUCUCUGCACGACCUGCACGAGACAUGAACCCUUCCGAAUCUCGUUUUCUUUCUAGAUCUCUUUCAUUUUACUACAAAAUAGGUUUCUCAUGAUCCUGGCGUUCGGUACACAUGUUUCAUAGCUUCUGCUAAUACCCCUUCCCGACUUUCAUAGCAAGCGCUGCUCAUGAUUUCUGCGGCCUGUUGCUUUACGCUUUUCGUCAUCUAGCCGUUGUGGAUUUGACUCUUGGAAACUCGAAUACGAAA